UUUAAGUACCUGACUCAUUUCUCCCCUCCACCCAUGCCGUCACCAGGUGGUCGAAGCAGCCAACGCCACCACCUUCAACUGCCACGUGAACCACACCAACCAGACGCAGAUCCUGGUGCCGAGCUUCGACUCGCGCCUCUACAUGCUCUGCUUCCUGCCCGCCAUCAUCCUGCUGGUGUUCACCCCAGACCUCAAGUACCUGGCUCCGCUCUCUCUGGUGGCCAACCUCGUCAUGACGGCUAGCCUGAUCCUCAUCUACUUCUACUCGCUGACGAACAUCACCUAUCCCAUCAACCUGCCGCUGGUGGGCCAGCUCAAAGACUACCCUCUGUUCUUUGGGACGGCCGUCUUCGCCUUCGAAGGGAUCGGAGUGGUUCUUCCUCUGGAGAACAAGAUGCAGAGGCCUCAGACUUUCAUCCCUGUCCUGUAUUUGGGGAUGGGCAUCAUCACCUUCCUCUACAUCAGCCUCGGUACCAUCGGAUAUAUGUGCUUUGGAGGCGACAUAGGAGGGAGCAUCACUCUCAACCUGCCAAACUGCUGGUAA